CGCACGCCCCCGGCACGGCCCGGCAUGGUGCAGAUCGUCAUCUCCAGCGGCGGCGCGGGCGCCCUGGCGCAGUGGGUGCUGCUGGAGCUGCAGGGCCAGGUGGAGCCCCGGCAGAGCGGGGAGCUGGCUGGGAGCCUGCUGGGAGACCUGCACUACACCUGUGAGGGCGUCCCCGUGCUCGUGGUGGGUCACCACAUCCUCUACGGGAAGGUGGUGCAGCUGGAGAAGCCGUUUGCUGUGCUGGUGAAGCAGGGAGGAGCCUCCCAGCCCAGCCCCGUGGGGCCCCACGGCCACUACACCGUCACUGCCCUCAUCAAAACCAAACUGCUCUUCAAAACCCGCCCCAAGCCCAUCAUCACCCACGUGCCCAAGAAGGUCUGAGGGGAAGGAAGGAUGCGGGCUAUGAACUGUGAUCUGCUGCUGGAGAAAGCAGCAGGGGCUUGGGGAGAUCCAGGACCUCAUCCCUGUCCUGCGCAGAGGAGUCUGGCACUGCUGGGUCCUGUCUGCACACCCAGAGCCCUUCCUGGGUCACUUGUCCCCCAAAAAUGAUUCUUUUCAGAGAGCAACCAAGCUCUUGGCCACAGACCCUGUGGAUCACUCCAGGAGACAUGGCUCCUGGUAGGUAGGGACUCCUGUGAGCCUGGGCAGGGGUGUCCCACCCCGGAGCUGCCCGCAGUGUCCAGCACGUCCCAGGGAUCCAUGGAGGUGCCAGUGUGGAGAUGUCUCCUCCUACCCCCUCCCUCCAGCUGUAGGAACACCAGUGCCACACAGGGACUCAGGACCAACCUCCCUCAAGUCAGGCAGGGGCUUCAGGGACCCUCCCCAGAACUCCACCAUGUGUCCUCACUUCAAGUCUUUAUUUCCACAACUCCGUCAGGAUAUAAAAAAAACAGCCUUUUCCACCCAAAAUAUGGAAAAAAAUUCCCCUGGCAGGUUCAAAAAUAAAUAGAUUUACAAACCAUCUGCGAUAAUACCAAAGAGCUACAAAAGUCUUCUAAAAAACCUUGUAUUAAAUUAAACAAAAACCAG